CUUCCAGCACUGGACGAGCUUCGCGAUUGAUCGCGAAUCUAGCGGUUGCUUUCAUGCUCGAUUUCAUGCUUGUCACACGACUCCUGUGCCCUUCUCCACUUCUCGUUUUUUGGUCUGUCGCUAGCACUGUUUGUCCUUGUGGCCAUACUUUGUCCCCCUGAUCUCCGCACCUAACCUAUACUUGUAUCUAACAGUUCUAGUCGAUCAGAUCAGUGACUCCUCCACUCUUGUCCUGCACGGUUGCUUCCGCGCUAUUACCUAGAUUGUGAACCAACCGACUCCUCUCCUUCGCUGCUUCUUCCAUCGUGUCUGCGCUCUAAUUCAGAUAGUCGAUCCACGCGCGCGCACCGGCAGAACGAAUUGAUAGGUUGAUUGAACAAGGAUGCGGGAUGUGACGGUUUUGUGAUUUUUGCACGGAGUGCUGUUUUACGAGUCUUACGAGCUGUGGAGUGUCGCGAGUGGAAGCUAUUCUCGAUUUGAGGUGCACUGAGCUUGGGCAUUGCAAGGGAGGAAUGGGAGGGCAUUGUGACGAGAAACGAGUCGAAAUGCUGACCUGAGGAUUCACAAGGGUUAAUGCUAUAGACUUGAGUGUUAGGGUUUAAGAUGUGAAUAAAAAGAGCUUGUGAUACCGUAGGCACGUGAUGGCCAAGAUGGCGGAUGGUACGCCGCUUCUUUCCGCCUCGACGCUGCGGACUUUGGCGGAUAAAUUGUAUGAGAAGCGGAAGAAUGCUGCGCGCGAGGUGGAGGCAGUAAUCAGGGGCCUUGUUGCUCAGCAGGAUCAUCAGAGGAUAUCCAGCCUUUUACAUCUUCUUGUUCAUGACUUUGCACUAUCCCCGCAGUCCAAUCAUCGUAAGCAGGGAGGCUUGAUUGGGCUUGCGGCUGCAACAAUGGGUUUGGGGUCUGAUGCCGCUCAACAUCUGGAGAAAAUCAUUCCCCCAGUCUUGAAUUCCUUCACAGACCAGGAUAUUCGCGUCCGAUACUAUGCCUGUGAAGCGCUAUACAAUAUAGCCAAGGCCACACGAGGGGAUCUCGUGUUCUUUUUCAAUGAUAUCUUUGAUGCGCUCUGCAAACUCUCAGCAGAUUCCGAGCCUAGUGUACAGCAGGCGGCCCACCUCCUGGAUCAUAUAGUGAAGGACAUUGUAGCACAGAGUGAUCAAUUCAGCAUUGAAGAGUUCAUUCCGCUUCUUAGGGAGCGUAUGAAUGUGUUGAAUCCUUUUGUGCGACAAUUCUUGGUGGGAUGGAUUACUGUUUUGGAUAGAGAAACUGAAAUCGAUAUGCUUGGGUUCCUACCAGAUUUUCUCGACGGGUUAUUUAAUAUGCUCAGCGACAGUAGCCAUGAAAUCCGCCAACAAGCUGACUCUGCACUUGAAGAGUUUCUUCGAGAGAUCAAGGAUGCUCCGUCUGUGGAUUACGGGAAGAUGGCAGAGAUUCUUGUGCAGAGAGCAGCGGCCCCAGAUGAAUUUACCAGGCUAACAUCAUUUUCUUGGCUGAAUGAAUUUGUGAAACUCUCUGGUGAGCAACUAGUGCCUUAUUAUGCUGACAUUUUGGGGGCCCUGUUACCUGCCAUUUCAGACAACGAGGAAAGAAUUCGAGUGGUAGCCAAAGAGACUAAUGAGGAACUUCGAUCUGUAAAGGCAGAACCAGCUGAAGGGUUCGAUAUUGGCGCGGUUCUUGUUAUCGCUAGAAGGGAACUGGGAAGUGAUUGGGAAGCUACGCGUUUGGAAGCGUUGCGUUGGAUAGCACUUCUUCUGGAGAGACAUCGAACUGAGGUUCUUUCCUUUUUGGAUGAUAUAUUCCCUGCCCUGCUAUCUUCCUUAGCCGAUACUUCAGAUGAAGUAGUUUGUCUUGUCUUGGAGGUUCAAGCCUGUAUUGCUGGAGAUGCUCAACAUUUCCACCGGCUCAUGGUCUUUCUUGUUCAUAAAUUCAAGAUUGAGCAGACUCUUCUUGAAAAGAGAGGGACUUUAGCAUUACGGCGUUUGUGCACUCUCUUGGAUGCAGAAAGAGUCUAUAGAGAACUAGCUACCAUAUUUGAAGGAGAGGCUGACCUAGAGUUUGCCACUAUCAUGGUGCAGGCACUGAAUUUGAUACUGCUCACAGCACCAGAACUGGCUGAAAUGAGAUCUCUUUUGAAGCUGUCCUUAUUAAAUCCAGCUGGUGGUGAUCUUUUUGUCUCCUUGUCGUCCUCGUGGUGUCACUCAUCGAUCGCUACUGUUAGCUUGUGUUUGCUGGCACAGGCGUAUCAGCAUGCGAGUGCCGUCAUUCAGGCACUUGGGGAAUCCGACAUAAACGUGAAUUUGCUUGUACAAGUUGAUAAACUUGUGCGACUUUUGGAAACUCCUACUUUUGCCUACUUGAGAUUACAGUUAUUGGAGCCAGGUCGCUAUCCAAGUUUGCUUAAAACCCUGUAUGGUCUUCUUAUGCUUCUUCCACAGCAAAGCGCCGCAUUCAAAAUGCUGCGUACAAGAUUGAAGACAGUGCCCUCGCAGACUUUCAUGCACAUGCAAUCCUCUCUAGCAUCUAGUCAAUUUCCGGGGCUUUCUGCGAUAAGGAGAUCAGCUUCGGCUGGGGGUUUUUCUCAACGUUUAUCUCAUAUUCCUUCUAUACAAACCUCAUCCACAAGCGAGGACAGUGACAGGAUUUCAGAUAGCACCAAUGGUCCGCUCGGCAUCAACUUCGCAGCACAGUUGAAGCAGUUUGAGUACAUGCAACACCAGCAUCAUUUGUACCAAAGUCAAAAUAAUCCCCCUCGGCGGACCUUGACACCCCCACCAGCUCAGAAUGGACAUCAUCCUUCAAAUAUAUCAGACGAUAUGACUGAUUCAAUGAGGAGGACAAGGGCUGAUUCACAGGUACGGAUGCCACAGCGAACGUCAUGGCGGAGCUAGUACCGAAGCCGAAAUUGUUCAUCACAUGUGCUAUAGGUAGUUAUUAACAGGGUCUUACUUGAUUCAUUUCCUGUACGAUUUGUUUGUAUAGUAGUUAAUCUCUCUAUUGGUCAUUGACAUCUCAUUCGAUUCAUUGUGACGUAGCAUCUGUUGCACCACAGCCCCACUCUGGACAACGUUAGGUUUGAGUGGAUAAAAGCAAAGUAAGCGGUGGAUGUUAGAGGGGUUACUUGGAGUUUCCCCAGGCUCUGUAGAUGUAAAAAGUUCACUGAGGGGAAUUUUUGAAGUUUUAAGUUCUGUUACUAAAUUUUUCAAUUCAGAUGGGCUAUAUUUUAGCUUUCAAGAAUACAAUAAUAUUCGUACA